UGGUGCAACACAUUCAUCUCGUUUUAUUCCACUCAAAUAAACAAAAAAUAAAAAUAACCGUUUUUCAUUUUUAUUAUUGAAAUUUUUCAUCUUGUAACAACAUCAUAUUUAAGAUGAAUAAAAUAUAAAAAAGAAACUUUUUUAAAAUAGAUUGAAACAACAAUUUUGUUAAAUAAUGAGUUUUGUUCUUCUUAUCGUUAUCAAUAUUUAAUUGAUUAAAAGCUAAGCUGAUAUUAACCAUAAGCAUAUAUAUCUCGAUGUAUGAGAGACAAAUAAAAGGUAAAUUAAUUCUCUAUUUAUGUUAAUAUAUUGUAUUACAUGAAAUAUUUAAUUCAUAUUGAAAUAUUCAAAAAUGCAUAAAUAAAUUUUGAUCAAAAAUUAUUUAAUUAUAUUUAAAUAAUGAAUAUAAGAGUUGCAUCAAGAAUUUUAUCUUAUUGACAAAUAUAUUUUUGAUAAAUAAAUAAUCGUUUGACCUAUUCAUAACUAUUUCUUCCGAUUUAAUUAUCUAUUGUUUUUUUAAUAUUAAUCAAUUAUAUUUAUUCAUGUAAUCAUUUUUCUUUAAUUCAUCAUUUGUGGAGUCUCUUUAGGAGGUAUCAUCUAUAUUAUAGCUUUAAAUGAGUUUAUUUAAGAUACAACUAAAUGAAAUGGCAAAAAUAAAGUACAUAGAGAAACAAAAAAAGAAAUUUUUCUCAAGAUUCAAAUUGUUCAGUUCUAUCUACCAAACUGAGUUUUGAAUAUUCGCAUGCUAACAGAACUUCACUACUUACGUCUUAUUAAGUUUGACUAACAAAAAAACAAUAUUCUUCAGUGUCAAUAGAAUUAACCUUAGUACAUACGAAGAUUAGGCUUCUUCGUCAUAGAGAAGACUCUUAAACUUCAAUCCAUUGUGAAGACUAACUUUUGAAACUAAUAAGAAAAGUUUUGUGGAAAAAAAUAUCAAGACACAUUUUUUUAACAUUCAAACAUCUGAUCUAAUCGAACUUUUUUUAUGUUUGAAUGCAUAAAGUUUAGAAAUUAAAAUUGUUUAAUAUAGUUAAAAGUUUUUAAUUUUGAUUUAUCAUAAUAAAAUUUCAAUACGAAAGUACAAUCAAAAUGUCAUUGCAACAUAAUUUUUCUGUAUUUUUCAUUGGAGAGUUUUCGACAUCGUAUGUACUAAUAAACUCAUUAUAGUUAUGUUCUAUUUAUAUUAUCGAUUAAAAGCUCUGUUUAUGAUUACAUUUUUUCUGUUAAAAAUAUAAAUUUCUUGAAAAUUAUGAAUUAAAAAACAAACAUUGGAUCAAGAAAUCGUUUGUAGAGUAAAUGAUAAUUAUUCAAAAUAUUCGAUAGUUAAAGCCGACUCAUUUAUUUUUUCUUUCUCGAAAUCAUAUAUUUUGUUUACGUCUUGUAUAAAUAUUAAUCGUCAAAUAACUGUUUUCAAGAGCUAGAAAGAUAGUUUGAGAUGAGUUUAAAGAGUACUCUCAUACGUCAUAAAUUCAUUAGAUAAAAAAGAAUCUUUACUUCACUAUAUGUACUCUCUACAUUUUACUCUUGCAUUAUCCAAUAUUUUCUUGUUAAAAAAAAAAUAAGUAUCGACAUGUUUCUAAAGACUUUUACAUUGUUGAUUAGUUUAUAAUUAAUUCUAUACUUGUAAAAAUAAAACUUAUAACGAUGAAUGAGGCAGAGAAGUGUCUGCUUUAAGAGUUUUUUAUGUAGAUUCCGUUUGUAUUCCUUUACGAAAAGCAAUAAUGUAUUGGUAAUAUUGAGAAUAGACAAGUCACGAUAUUCUAUAUGUGACACAAUCGAUGAAUUGUACUCUCGAAAUGAAUCAACUCUUUAUAAAAGUGAAUAUCACGUAAAAAAAAACAAGAUAUUGGCACCGAUUAAUAAAAUCAAAAAACAGAGCGAAUUUUAAAAAUCGAGUACAAAACUUUGAGAUUUUACAUCUAUGAAUUUACAUCGUUAAUUAUUCAUAUACUCUAGAGAUAGGAUCGAUCUAUAUUUGAAAAAGACUUUUUUUUUUCAUAUUUGAUUUGUUAGUUUUGUGUGUUCUUUUUUUGGCGCAAUAGACGAGAAAAAAAAUGGCUAAUAUAAUAAUUCGCAUAUUAUCAUUGAUAUUUCUAAUUAUAUUUGCUUAUCCAUUAACAUUAUUAUUACAUCCAUGGUGGAUAUUAAUGCAACCAUUAGGUGCAUAUGAUCUUUUUUCAAAUAUGAUUAAUGAAUUAACAACUAUAAUGCAUUUACCUGAAAAUCUUUCCUUAUCAAUACAAACUGGUCAAUGGUGGUGGCAAUUAUAA